CAGUGACCCUGCCAUGUGUCUGUCGUUCAGGCACAUAUUUAAAGGACCUCUCCAAUCACCAAGCUGGUUUUCUCUUUCCGCGCCAUCGCGCAGCCAAUAUCCCAAUCCUCCCUAGUCUAAGUUUCCCAGCAUGGCAACUUCACAAGAACAAUACAUUACCGAUCCCGCUCAGCUACAAGAGUCGGACCUUGCCAGAAACCUGGCCGACUCGAGUCUGGCUGAUGACACUGUUGAAUCCAAGGAAACGACGACGCGGCACAUAGCGCCGCCGCGAAGACUCGCCCUCCUCCAACCGCUGGCUGAUCCGGCCAUGUUGGCGGCCUGCCGCAACCCUGCCUCUCAAACAACCCACCGGCCCGACAGAGGUGUCGGCGAACUCAUCCGCCAUGAAUAUCUCGACAUCUCGGCACUAGACAAGGCCUGGCGCCACGCCUUGUCCAAGGCGCCUCCAGCUUCACAUGUUACGUUUGAUCUGCGUCUUCCCAAGCCGGUCGGCAAUGGUGAAGCUGCCCAAGCGAUCUACUGGGAGACAGCAAUGCCGCCAAGUGGACAGGGCUUUGGUAUCUCGACGCGCAACGUGAUGCGUUUAAUGGCAACAAUCGCCAUUGUGGCGCGGAUGCGGGUGCAGGGGGAUGUGCGCUUCAGCGUCAGCUACGGUACGGUACGGCGGAGGGCCUGCCGAUGAGGGUUAUCAGUCUGAUGAGCAGGCAGCUCGAAGGUAUAGCGAAGGCAAAGGACAUCAUGCCAACGGGCACCGUUGGAAAUUGGAAACUUGAUGCCGACGGGGACAGUGCUGACGCGGCCGGUGAUGACGAAAGCCCUGGUCUGGCCGAGGUGCAGAAGGAAUAAGGGACGUAGCAACUGAAUGAGGCGACGUAGAGAUAGUGCGGUAUUCGAAACGAUCCUGCGCUCGAGAGUUAAAUUUAUCCGGCUGGGUUCUAUUACUGUCCUACCCGCUCACACGUCUUAGGUACCCUCUCGUCCUCGC